UUGUUUAUUGUUUGUUUGGGUUAUAUUUCUUUGUUUUAAUUUAAAUAAUUUAAUGUGUUUAAUUUACCAAUAAGUUCAUAUUUCAUGCUAAGCUGUCCUGAUAUCAGUAAGCGUAUCAAACUUAAACCAAAUGUUGUGUUUUCAAAUAAAGUGAUCAUAAUUCAAUAAAUUUCCUUUGUUUAAAUACAUAAAGUACUACUAAUAUCAUAGGCUUUAAUUAAAUUUACCAAACUGUAAAAAAUUUCAAAUUGUUUAAGAAUUUUACUGUAUCAUAAAGUGAUAUUUAACGAUGGAAACGUAUCAUAUUAAUAACUCAGCAUUAUCUUUCGAAAAAAAUCGAUUAAGUUACUGCGGUCAAGAAUGUCACAAAAUACCAUCAACAUUAUGGAAAAUGUACGGCACUAAAGUUAAUCACCUAGAUUUGAGUUACAAUAGCAUUGAGACCCUGAAAGGUUUGGAGAAUUUUACAAUACUGGAGGAAUUAAUUUUGGACAAUAAUAAAAUAGGUGAUUCUGUUUGUUUUCCAUUGAUGCCCCGAUUAAAAACAUUGUCUAUUAACAACAACCAGAUAACAGAUUUAGAUGAGCUAGUUAGAAAAAUAAGUGUCAAGUUACCAUCGUUGACAUAUUUAAGCCUCCUCAGCAACAAGGCUUGUCCGAAUCAACUGUCUGAUCUCGACAAAGACGACACCGACUAUCAAAGAUAUCGAUAUUUUGUUUUGUACAAAAUACAAAACCUACGUUUCUUGGACUCCCGCCGAAUAUCCUCGGCUGAACGUCGGGAGGCAGUUACACGCGGUGAAUUUAUGCGCGUACGCAGACCAGCUAGUGAUAAUAACUCUUCCCCGUUACCGCCAUCUGGGCCGACUGCACGUCCCUUACCUGUGGACUUUAAUUCAUUAGGAAAACAUAAAGGCGCAUUCGGAAAAUGUAUGUACAAAUACACCGGAAAACACUCUGAGGGCAACAGGUUUAUACUCAACAGCGAUUUAUGAUAUCUACGAAGAGAUCUACUUAUAAAUGGUGCCAUAGAAAGAGUCCAAUUUUAUUUUAGCAUAAGGUCAGUCGUUACGAUUAUUUUAGAGGACAAUGUAAUCUUUAUAGAAAAGUUAACUAUGUCAGUUAUGUUGUGCACAAAUAUCAAAACUGAACUCAACAAUUUCAAAAACAAUUCUAUAUCAGGUAUUAUUGAGAAAAGGAAAACACUAAUUUUAGACUGGUUAAUUGAGUUGUAAAUCUUUUGUACAGCAGAAUUGACACCUAUACUUACCUAGUAUUCCUUAUAUUGCGACCACGUAACUUCGAUAACGUGAAGCGAAUUAUGUGGUUACGAUACGUCUGAAUAGUAAAAUAUCCUGCGCAAAGUAUUUGCGCGGUGUCGAAAAAACUUUGCGAUACGGGUGGUAAAUUGCCGACAUCAAAGGUUUUUAUCGCGAUAAUGUUUCUAUAUAUUUCAAAUAGUUAAGAUACAAUGAAGAUUCAAAUCUUAACAUCCGACAGAAAACGAUUUGCGAAGCAUGAAGCGCUCAAUUACCCAUUGUUUUGUAGUCACUUCACUCGCUAACUUGGAUUUCAAACACAGUCGUAGCGAGAAAUAUUGUAAUCGAGAAUAUUACAUGCAGAAGCGUGAAACGCUCGAGUAAUCACUAGAUGUUUUUUGUCUACAUUCAAACACCUUCACUCUCAGAUUUCAUAUCCAAUCGACACAACAUCAAGAAGCGUGAAACGGUCGAGUACCCAUCUCGUGUUUUGUGAUCUACAUUCCAAACUUCACUUGCAGGCUCGGAUUACAUACAGUGAGAAUACUUCAAGUGUUCACUCGUCUCCAGUAAAAUAUGUUUUGGGUACUCAAGUGAUUUACGCUCCUGGGAGCAACGUUCGGGCGUACAGUUUUGUGUAAAAUUCACUGUUAUGUGCUCUGACUGCGUAUGAAAUCCGAGCCUGCAAGAGAAGUUUGGAAUGUAGAUCACAAAACACGUGAUGGGUACUCGACUUUUUCACUAAGACGACGAAAGACGAGUGAACACUUGAAGUGAAAAUACUUCAAGUGUUCACUCGUCUCCAGUAAACGUGCGGAAUUGUAAACUCGUGCGACACUAGUGGACCGAUAGCACAAUCUAACUUAGCCGGCCCGAUCACUUGUAAAAAGACUUUGGACACAUGCGUGCAUUUAUUAUGUACGAUGUCACCAAUAAUCAAAUACACUCAAUAGUAUAGAAGUACCUAUGGCUGCCCGCACGACUAUAUUAUUGACAAUAGAAAUAUUGACAGAUAUUUUACCAAUACUUCAAUUCAUUAAUACGCCCAACUAAUAUUGUAUGUGUGCGGGGCGUAUUGAAUUAUUGGUGUUGUGUGAAGGCAGCCAUAGAAUUUCUAAAACUAUGUCUGCGUAACCACUGGAGUUUGGCCAACUUAGAUCGCCCGUGUUCCAGUAUCUCACGAAUGCGAUGCAAUAGCCCUAUCUGGACAAGGUUUGCUAGGUGCUUAAAUUAUAUUGUGGGAUGUAAUUUCAAGUUUGAUAUGGAUUUAUUUAGUAAUUGUAGUCUGUAUUUCAUAGCUUUAAUUAAUAAUACUUGUAUAAUUGUAGUAAUGGUUUAAUAUUAAUGUAGUUUUUAUAAUAACUUCAAUAUUAAAAUUGAUAAAAUAUUUAAGCAGCCUACUGAUAAAUUAAUUGAAUUGUUUUGGAUAUCUGUUGCCAGAAUAAUAAACAAAUACAGUC